AUGUCUGCGAAUCAAAGUCCAGCUACUCGUCUUCCCAGGAUGAAAGAUCACGCCCUCAUCGGCGAUGCUGCGAAGAUUCCUGUCAUCAAUGCAACCCCUAUUAUCUCAAUGAGCCCGAUCAUUCUACCAGCACCAGAUCGUAUCAUCGAUAUACACAUUAAGGUUUCUGCGCCUACAACGGGGGUAAAUUUACCAAUCAUUCUCCUUUCUCACGGUCAAGGUCAUUCGAAUUACCUGUCUUCGCUCGACGGAUACGGUCCCAUCGCCAAUUUCUGGGCAUCCCAUGGCUUCAUCGUGAUUCAGCCUACUCAUCUCAGCUCCAUGUCUCUAAGUCUUAGUGACGAUGCCGUCCAUGGAGAUGGCCCGAUGUUCUGGCGCUCCCGUGCUCAGGAUAUGACGCAUAUCCUUGACCAUCUCGACGAAAUCGAGACCGCUUUCCCCCAGAUUCAAGGACGCCUAGACCGCAGCCGCGUCGCUAUUGCUGGUCACUCUAUGGGUGGUCAAACUGCCAGUCUGCUCAUGGGUGCUCGUACUCGUGAUUCUACCGAAGAUCCUCUCGUUGAUUUCUUCGAGCCGCGCAUCAAGGCGGGUGUCUUGAUGGCUGCCCCGGGUGACGGAGGCGACGGCGUUAGCCAACGCGUUAAAGACAAUUGGAUAUUUCUCGCGGAGCAUACCCACGCGGAGAUGAGAACGCCUGCCCUCGUUGUCAUUGGAGAAAAUGACGGUUCGCCCUUUUUGACCACGCGGGGUGCAGCAUACCAUGCAGAUGCGUAUCAUAGAAGCAAGGGCCCGAAGUCUCUGCUUACGAUUGCUGGAGGAUAUCACGGUGUAGGCGGUGUUUCUGGCUAUGAUUCGAAUGAAGCCACUAAUGAUGAGAGCCCGGAGCGAUUGGGCGUGACCCAAAGGCUUACUUGGGCUUAUCUUCGCAGUCAAUUCUAUCCUGAGGAUCCGGCUUGGUCGGUUUCUCGCAAUGCACUUGAGAAGCUCCCAAAUCUGGGAACAGUCGAAAGCAAAUGA